UCUCUCUCUCUCUCUUCUUCGUCUCCCUCUCGAGAAGAAUCGCCGCAUCUCGUCGCGUCGCGUCGCCAUCAACUCUGCUCCGUCGGUCUCGAUUCCGAUCAGUCUCUUCCUCUUCUCGCCGCUCGCCUGCUCGCCUUCUCGCCUUCUCGCGUUCUUGCUCCUUACGGUUUUGUUCGAAUCGGCGCUCGUCCGAUUUGAAUCCUUAACCUUUCUGCUGCUCGCGGCGCAUCGAUGGAGUAUGGUUCUAGGGAUGGUGCGAGAUUGUAGAAAAAGGGACAUAUUUUCUCGUCCUCUUCCUUGAUCUGGUUUUCUGACUCGUCUAGAGCUUCUCGUUUCCUUCGUUUCCUGUUUGAUCGAUCGAGGAGAUAAAAGGGUGGCGCUGAAAGGGGCAAAAAUGGAGGCUAACUGGCGUAAGCGCUCCAAUUUGCAGGCCUUUCUCAGUGGCACGACGCCUAGGGUUCCUAUUUCCCCCUUCCCGAAGACAAAUUCAUAUUGGCAGCCGGUUUUACAAGGCAAGGUUGAGAAUUUUAAUCUCGAAGAUCUUUGGGAUCAAUAUAGAGAAUGGAGCGCUUACGGGCUUGGAGUCCCGAUCGUUCUUGAUAAUGGAGCUAGUGUGGUCGAGUACUAUGUUCCGUAUCUCUCUGCAAUCCAAAUUUAUACUAGCAAAUCUCAUGCUCUCACGAGGUGUAUGUUGGAAGAUAGUGAAAAAGAAUCAUUCAGCGAUGACAGUGAGAGUGAGAAAUUAUCUCGAUUGUCGGAUGUUUCGGAUGAUUUUCUCGUUGACCAGGAUGCUUCAUGGUCCUCAAGGCAUCUUUUGGGGCAAUUGUACUUGCAGUAUAUAGAAUAUGGUUCUCCGUAUGCAAGAAUACCUCUCUUUGAUAAGGUAAAUGAACUAGCACAGAAUUAUCCUGGUUUGACAUUGUUCAAGAGUGUGGAUAUCUCGCCAGCUAGUUGGAUGUCGGUUGCAUGGUAUCCAAUCUACCACAUUCCAUCUUGUAGAAAUGUAAAGGAUUUGUCUACAUGCUUUCUAACUUAUCAUACAAUCUCCACUUUGUUCCAAGAAAACAACGAUGUGCUGGAGGAAGUGACCGAGGACUCAUGUUCUGCAAACACAGGUGAUAUGAUGGAGAAAACGAGAGGCAGUAUCUCGCUUCGGCCCUUUGGCCUCGCAACAUACAAACUAGAGGGUGACCUUUGGAUAAACCCUGAAACUUCAGACAACGAAGUGAUGAGCACCCUGUAUAGUGCAGCAUACUCUUGGCUGAAGCAGUUAGUGGUCGAACACCAUGACUUCGACUUCUUCACCACUCACUAAAAAGAGAUGAAAAUGCAUGUUCAUCUGCAACUUCUGGAUUUUCCAUCAAGGGUUUAUAGCUUAACAGUCUAAUUAUGUUAGGAUUACUAAUAACUAAUAACUGGUCUGAUGAUUGUUGUUAUUAACCUGUGAGUGGCUUGUAAUUAAGUUUUACUUGUGCUGGGACAUGAUGAGAGUUUUUACUUGUGAGCUUCGUUUUGGUCCCAGUUUUCUGUAACAAAUUGCCUUCUGAAUGUAUUUAACAGUGAUAUUUUAGCCUCGUAAUUUUGUUAA